UGACCCCCUCCCUGGCCCCCGAGGGAGCAGCAGGGCCAGGGGCCGUCCUCCUGCCCUGCUAGCCCAGCCCGCGGCUCUGCCCACGCCGCUCUCCCUCCGCCCCACGUCCCUGCGAUGCUGCAGGUGCUGGAGGGGACACGGCCACCGCCGAGGAGACGGACACCUGUGGGGACACGGGCACCAGUGGGGACGUGGACACCGGUGGCUCUCCAGGUGCAGGGGAGGUGGCACCACACGCAAGCCAGUCCGUGGUGGAAGGCGAUGGUCCCGGUGCCCAACAGCACGGUGGUGGCAUGGACCAGUGAGGUGGCGCGGCAGGAGCUGGAGCGGUCGCCCUGUCUGGUCGGCGUCUUCCCCGUCGUGUAUUACAGCAUCCUGCUGGGGCUGGGGCUGCCAGUGAACAUCCUAACUGCCGUGGCCCUGUCCCGCCUGGCCACAAGGACCAAGAAGUCAUCAUAUUGGUACCUGCUGGCCCUGACUACCUCUGACAUCCUCACCCAGAUCUUCAUCAUCUUCAUGGGCUUCAUCCUGCAGACAGCCAUUCUGGCGCGGGCGGUGCCCAGCGCCUUCAUCCACGCUGUCAACGUGCUGGAGUUCACGGCCAUCCACGCCUCCAUCUGGGUCACCGUCCUGCUGACUGUGGACCGCUACAUGGCCCUGUGCCACCCGCUGCGGUACCGCACCGUGUCCUACCCGCAGCGCACCCGCAAGAUCAUCGUGGCUGUCUUUGCCGUGGCUCUGGCCACCGGCGUCCCUUUCUACUGGUGGCUGGACAUGUGGCGUGAUGCCGACCCCCCCACUGCCCUGGACAGGGUGCUUAAGUGGAUGCACGCCAUCACCGUCUACUUCUUGCCCUGCAGCAUCUUGCUGGCCACCAACUCCAUCGUCAUCUGCAAGCUGAAGCGGCAGAGGCAUUUCGGGGGUGGCCGGCCCCGCCUGAGCAAGACCACGGCCCUCCUCCUGGCCGUCACCAUCAUCUUCAUCGUGCUCUGGGCUCCCCGCACCAUCGUCAUGAUCUGCCACCUCUAUGUGGCCUCGGUCAAGAGGGACUGGCGCGUGCACCUGGCCUUGGACAUUGCCAACAUGUUGGCCAUGCUCAACACCACCCUCAACUUCUUCCUCUACUGCUUUGUCAGCCGGACCUUCCGCCGCGCAGUGGGCGAGGUGCUCCGGGCCCACCCCUGGCACAGCCUGCGGCCCAGCAGCACCCACUUUGCAGCCCCAAAACUGCGGGAGCCGCUGGCCGGCACGGCCCUCUGAGCCGCGGCUGCUGCCAGGCGGGGCGGCGCUCGGCCGGGGGUCCCAGUGCUCCCCCAGCCCCGGGCGUCACCCCGGCACCCAGUGAGACCCUGCCCUUGGGAUACGCAGCGUUCAGCUCCCCAGGUGGGGCAGAAAGGACAUGCCAAGCU